UUCCUGAUUCUUGAACACUCUACUCUGUUGCUCUCCGUCUUUCAGCAACAACAAACAUGUCGCUCCUUUCACCUACUGUCUUUGUCUCGAUUUCUAUUCUCUCUGUUCUGUUCAUACGCUCAGCUCUAAAAGAAAAACAACCUAGGGAUGUUCAGGCUCUCCCCGUACCCAGCUCCAAAGAUGCAAGCUGGAUAUGGGGACACGAAUAUUCGUUAUUCAUCCAUGAGGCCUGCGAGAAGUAUGUCGACUGGAUGCGCUCGGUAGGAUCGCUCUAUAGGAUCAAGACCGCCUUCUUUGGCCAGGACGCUAUUGUUGUCAUUGACAAUGCGGCGGCUCAGCAUAUCUUUCAAUACUCUGAGCGCUUCGUCAAAGCGCCUGCGUUCCGGCCACUCAUUGUGAAACUGCUUGGGAAGGGCUUACCAUGGGCGGAAGGCGACGAACACAAGAUCCAGCGUCGACUCCUUGCUCCAGCCUUCACUACCGAAAGCGUCCGAGGAAUGGCCGAUGAUAUCUGUGAAUCCGUUGCGAAGCUCGAAGGCAGACUCAUGAGCUUGCUCGAGUCCAAUAAGGGUGAGAUGACCCUCGACAUCGCUCCUCAAGUCUCUGCUUGCACUCUUGAUAUUAUUGGCCGCGUCGCUUUCGGCCAUGACUUCCAAUCCGGCCAAUCCCACGAAGCCAAGCUCAUCCGCGACUCAUGGGACAAGGACGUCAACAUGGGCAUUACUUUCGCCGGGUUCCUUGCUCCCUUCAUCAUUGGCAUGUUCCCCUGGAUCGCAAACAACGUCGGAGAGGGUGUUACGAAGAGGGUAGCGUUCGAGUUGGCAGGCAAACUUAUGGAGAGGGAGGAGAUGUUGGACAGUCAAAGUGUCGACGAGAAGAAUGACGCGAAGGAAAGGCCUAGCGGCAAUGGCAAGGAUAUGUUGAGUUUAUUGAUGAGAGCGAACAAGCUUAGCAAUGGAAAGGGUCUGUCCAAGGACCAGAUUCUCAACAACAUCGCGACGAUGAUAAUGGUCGGCCACGAGACAUCCUCUGCUUCCUUGAACUUGACUCUCCUCGACCUCGCUCGUAAUCAGCCCGCUCAACAGAAGCUCCGCGAAGAAAUCCUCAGUCUCGGUGACAAUACCCUCGACUUUGACGCCGUGCAAAAGCUUGAGUAUCUCGACGCGGUUGUGAGAGAAGGAUUGCGCCUUCAUCCUGCCGCACCACGCACUGACCGCGUUGCCCUCGAAAACGACAUCAUCCCGCUCAGCACUCCAAUCCACACCUCUGAUGGCCGCAUCAUCACUUCUGUUCCCAUCAAGGCAGGCCAGAUCUUCCAAAUUCCCUUUACGGCUCUCAACAUCAACCCCGCCGUCUGGGGCCCCGAUGGGCCAUCCUUCCGACCCGAACGUUGGAUCGAAGUCGGCGGUGUCAAGCCUGCUAACGAACUCCCUCACGGAUGGGGCAACAUCACUACCUUCUGCGACGGACCAAGGAACUGCAUCGGAUACCGACUUGCUAUCGCUGAGUUGAAGAUGAUUCUCGCGACGCUGAUCCGGUCUUUCGAGCUUUCGGACACUGGCGUGAAGGUCAUCACCAAGAUUUCGCCGACUUUGCAGCCUUUCGUCGAUGGGAAGGGCGGAUAUCUUCCUCUGCGCGUGAAGUUGGUGCAGUAGAGCAGAGUCUGUCUGAACUGAAUUUAUCUACUAUAGUAUCUCCUCGGUAUUUCGCACAUCUUGUGUUUGUAUAAAGGUAGUCUCGAUUCUCUUAGGGCGUGUUCUUGUGUAGUGUUGGCACAUUCUAUGGACUCGUCUUUUCCCC